AUGGGGAACAAGAAUAAGGCCAUCAAAGAAAGGAAACUGAGUUGGUACAUAAAAGCUCCGAUCCGAUUCCUCACCAGGGCUAGGGACUUUUACGUCAAUGGCAUGAACCGCCUCUCUCCUCACUUCAACUCUGUCGACACCGCCUUCGGCUGCCCCGCCUCCCAUCCCUUGGUCCUCCCUCGCAGCUUCAGCGCCGGGCCUGCCGCAUCCUCACCUUCUUCUGAUGAUUAUAGGGAGCUCGUGAGGGCUAAUUCUGUGCCUUACCGCCAUUGCGGUGGGCUCGAUCUUUCAGUACUUCAGAAACAGACGCGGUCACCGUCGUCGCAGGCGCCGGCUAAGGGGUCUAAGAUGGCGGUGCCUCGGAGUCGCAGCGUGGCAAUCGGAAGAAUCAAUGAAGAUGAGCCGUGUGAAUUUGACGACGACUUCAAGACAAAGCCUUCUGUUUAUGCUAGAAGCAGAAGCUACGCCGUCAGCAGAAGUGCAAGAGUACGCUCUUAGCAGUUAAUUAUGUCAAGUAACGUAAGGAUCUGAUCAUGAGAAUUGUUGAGAUUCUUGAUUGUAUAUCUGUGUUUUUGUGAGAAUUAUCAUGUUAUUAA